AUGUCGCGACCAGACAGCAGGCCUCCGUCAAGGGUGCUCAUGGAGAGCUCACUGAAAUGGUCCGCCUCGUACUCUGUUGCGCCGCCUACACGGUCCUUGAAGAAGCUCCGAGGUGACAAGAUAUGUCUCCCGCCUUCUGCGCUUGAGGGUAUUCUCGCUGCUUUUCCAGCCGUAUCUCCCUCCCGACCUCAUUCCUCCUCCGUCUCCUUCUCGGAACCCGACGAUGGGGCUCACGCCCACAGCCACGAGCUUCCGCACCCUCUCACUUUUCGAAUUGUGAACCCCGCAAACGGGCGCGUUGUUUAUUCAGGCAUACUUGAAUUCUCCGCUGAAGAAAGUGAGGUGUCUCUAAGCCCCUUACUACUGCAGAGCCUUGGAAUUCAAGCGUCGGAUUUCGAGUCGGAUUCCACGCUCCCGGAACACGAACGAAGCGAACCGGCCGGAAGCGAGCAAGGUUUAGCGCCUCAAAGCCCUCCUAGAGUUACUGUUCAUGUUGUACAGCUUCCCAAGGGAACGUAUGUGCGGUUACGGCCCUUGGAAGCCGGGUACGACACCGACGAUUGGAAGGCGCUGUUGGAGCGAUCUCUCGGGGCAAAUUUUACAACCUUGAGCGUAGGAGAACCGCUGCCGGUCCCUGGACGACCCAACGAGGUAUUUCAGUUUCUUGUGGACAAAAUAUUGCCAGAGGGCAACGCUAUCUGUAUUGUCGAUACGGACUUGGAAGUUGAUAUAGUGCCGCUGGACGAGGAGCAAGCUCGGGAAUCAGAAAGGAGGCGAAAAGAGAGGCUGAAUUCGAAGCUUUUGGCCAAAGGCGGAAAGUUGCAGCUUGGGAAGCCGGUUCGUGGUGAGCUCGUCGCCGGCCAAUUCGUGGACUAUGAGCUGCUGGAUUGGAGCCGCUCGGAGCCUAUUGAUAUAGAAUUGGAUGUGGCGGAGGGCGCAAACAUCGAUAUAUUCGUCAGUCCAUUUGGAGCCCGGCAGAGGAAUCGGCCCCGGGAUGACGAACAUGUUUUUGGUGAUUUGUCGAGCGAGUUUCCAAAGCGUAUCCGGAUUCAGCCCACCAACGUGGAGCUGGAGGGCGCGGAGGCGAUUCACAUAUCCAUACUCGCGCGUCAGCCAGAAGAAUGGACAGCAACAGAAAAUCAGACCUGGGGCUUUUCCCUCCAGGCUACGACGUCAGCUAGAGAGGACCAGCCAGAGGCUUCAGACAGUGGGCCUAGUUCCCAGCAUGCUGAUGAGGAACAGUGCACGAACUGCCAUCAGUGGGUUCCGAAAAGAACCGCCAUCUUACAUGAAAACUUUUGUCUUCGGAACAAUACGUUGUGCUCCAAAUGCCAAAAGGUUUUUCAGAAGCGAUCUGAAGAAUGGCAAAAUCACUGGCAUUGUCUGUAUGACGAAGCCCAUGGAAAUGAUGAAUAUAGCAAACGCAAGCAUAAUUCCAUUUUCCAUGUCGAGCAGGCCUGUAAGGGAUGCCCCUUUAUUGCCCGCAAUACUCCUGAUUUGGCCCAUCACCGCACCACAACCUGCCCUCAGAAACCCAUCCUUUGCCAAUUCUGUCACCUUGUAGUUCCUCAACAAGGUGACGGUGAUCCCGACGUCCUUGAUCCGGAAGUUCUCCACACAAAUUUGACCCCCCAUGAAUUCGUUGAUGGCACCCGCACCACAGAGUGCCAUUUAUGCAAUAGAAUAAUCCGACUUCGAGACAUGAAUACUCACCUUCGCCACCAUGACCUUGAGCGUCUCUCCCGACCACCUCCCCAAAUAUGCAAGAACCCUAAUUGCUGCACUACGCUUGAAGAUCCUCUGAAAAGACGUCGAGUUGCAACCAACUCCCUGGGCCUAUGCAACGUCUGCUUCGGCCCGCUAUACGUCGACCUCUACGAUCCAGAAGGGAAAGCGUUACGACGACGCAUCGAACGCCGGUACUUGUCUCAGAUGCUCAGCGGCUGCGGCAAACCUUGGUGUCGCAACGAAUACUGCAAAACAGGUCGAUCGAACAUGGGAAUAAGCGUUGUGUCGGGGAAAGAAGCACUCGGCCUUGUCAAGCCUUUGAUCAACGCCGUUUCGAUCCCACUGUCAGAGCGAGAAGGAGAGAAUACAGCGCCUCUGUAUUUUUGCACUGAUGAGAAUAAUCAGACGCGGAGGAAGCUGGCGGAAUUACUUGCGUCGGAGGCGGGAUAUCAACUGGGCUGGGCUGUUGCGGCGGUUCAGGAGGUCGGCGGCAAUAUUGAUAAAGCAAGGGAUUGGCUGAGGAAUUGGGCCCCAAAAAAGGGCGAGAAGCUUGGAGGCGGAAGUUAG